UCAUAGACAAUUACUAUUUAUGUCCGCCAUUCAUUCUUUUGAGUUGCUUUUUCGUUUUACGAUUUAAUCCAAAAUCGCAAGGAAUUUGUUAUCAAAGCAGCAUCUGCGCGUAAUAAUACGCUUCUGCAAGCAGCUGACUUGAAAAUAUCCGGGUUGUGAAGACUCGGCGCGAGCAGUGCAACAGCUCGACUAUCUGACGUGCUCCUGCCGUGAGAUCGUAUCGUACUUCCAGUGAUGCUUCCCUUUUACGUUAUCGGUCGCGACGUUCGAUUUGCGAGUGCCUGAUGGUGUGGAAACUAUGUGCGAAUAACAACAAGUAAUCAGAGAGAGGACUCAGAAUGGGGGCAUUUUUGAACAAGCCCGAGACUAAGAAAUAUAACGAGAACGGGGAAGGAAACGGUCUUCGCUAUGGCGUGGCGUCGAUGCAAGGUUGGCGCGUGGAGAUGGAAGAUGCCCACCACGCGCAGUGUACUCUAAACGGGACUUUGUCAGACUGGAGCUACUUCGCGGUGUUCGACGGUCACGCGGGCGCGCGAGUGUCAGCACACUGCGCCGACAACCUGCUGGAAUGUAUCUUACAGACGGACGAGUUUCGGCGCGAGGAGAUCGCAGAGGCGAUCCGGGCCGGUUUCCUGGAUCUAGAUAAAAAGAUGCGCGAGCUUCCCGAGCUGUCGAACGGCGAGGAGAAGUCGGGCUCCACCGCCGUGUGCGCGUUCGUGUCACCUAAACAAAUAUACAUAGCGAAUUGCGGCGAUUCACGCGCUGUGCUCGCGCGUAACGGUCAACCUAUAUUUGCUACGCGAGAUCACAAGCCAGAGCUUCCAUCUGAGAAGUCUCGCAUAGUUCAAGCAGGUGGUUCAGUAAUGAUCCAGCGCGUAAAUGGGAGCUUAGCUGUGUCACGAGCGUUGGGUGAUUAUGAAUACAAGAAGGUGCUGGACCGGGGUCCGUGUGAGCAGCUAGUGUCGCCGGAGCCAGAGGUGUCAACUCAUGAGCGCUCGGAGGCCGAGGAUGAGUUCCUGGUGCUGGCAUGUGAUGGAGUGUGGGAUGUGAUGAGUAAUGAGGCACUGUGUGCCUACGUCCACUCACUGCUGCAGUUGACGGAUGACCUGGUGGCUGUGACCAAUCAGGUCAUUGAUACCUGUCUUUAUAAGGGCAGCAAAGACAACAUGAGCAUCGUGCUGGUGACGUUCCCCGCGGCGCCCAAGCCCAGCGCGGAGGCCCAGCGCGCCGACCGCGAGCUCGACGAGACGCUCCGGCAGCGGCUGACAGCUUUGAUCGAGAAAAGCUUCGGGAGCGAGGAGCGCGAGGACACGGCGUGUCACUUCUCGUGGGUCCUGAAACAGCUCGCCCGGGAGAACAUCCCCGGUCUUCCGCCCGGCGGGGGCCUGGCUGCCAAGCAAUCGCUCCUGGACAAGAUAUACCGGGAGUUCUAUCCGGAGCACGCGGACAGCUCCGAGACGUUCGACUGCCAGCCCGAGCUCACGGACGCUUUCGGCGCCAACUAAGCGCGCAUCUCGCAUCGACCACCCGAUUGACUGUGGUUUAUUUUUGUUUCCAGAGACUAAAUUGACGUUUCAAAAUGUCAAAUGUACAGGGAGCUGCAAAAUUUCAUGGACACAUUGUGAAUGCAAUUUUGCGGCUGGGUGUACCAGUAUAUACUCUGACCCAUCAUUUUCUAUACUAAAAUAAGGUAGCAAUUUGGAAAAAUAAAGAUGAGGAAAGUAGAUAGAAGUUUUGAGCUGCAUGCCUUUUUUUUAGUGACAUCAAUGGUUGGAAAGACUAUUAGAAAUGAUUGCGAAGAGUUCAUAUUUUUAAUGUAUUUUUUGAGAUGAAUAAUAUAUUCUUCAUACUACUUAAAAAUACGUCACCAUCUUACUGUGACGAACUUCAAAUAAGAUGAUCCAAUUUUAAAUUAAAAAAAUAUGACAACGCAUGAAAUGUGAGCUCAGUAUCUGGGAAUACAAAACAAACUUUAAUUAGGCAACCAAAGCCAAAAGGAUUAUGUCGCUCGUAUCCCGAUUAGACUUAAUAAAAGGAAUGUUGAGUUGUCUCCAGGUGUAUGCAUAGUAUUUGGAUGCAAAUGGAGUGUGGAGUUCAAAAUUACGACGAAUUCGUUUGUAAGUCGAUAUCGAUAUUAUAAUAUCGAUAAUUGAAAGAUAUGUACUUUUGUCACCGUAAUUUCUAACUUCAGCUUUUAUUUGCACGUACCGAAGUCAAUGUGUUUGUGUAUGUUUAAAAUAUUUCUGAUCAGUUUUUCGUGAACAUGUCAAUCAAGGUAGUCGAUGCGAUUAUAAAUGAUUUCAUGCGACCAACUAAGAGUACUGUGCAUCAAAAAUCAUCUAAAUUUUUCAUACUUUUGACACUCAAUUUCAGACUUUUUGUUUCACAGGCCUCUUGGGUGGCUCGGUUAGACAGAAUUGCACACUAUCUCACUUCAGUACUACCAUCACAGCCCAUCAAAUCUAUCUAAAGGUUAAUACCGGGAAGUUAUAUUAGCGUACCUAAUAUCGAGAUUAAGUCACUAAUGGCUACAUUUCUCUCUUGAGAAAGAUUGGAAGAUGUUGCCAUCGUUAUUGACGGUUAUUUUGGCCCAAAAUUAGGGAUUCGAAGAUAGUGUAUGAUUUUAGUCUACAAAUGUACAUGAAAAUCCACGCUAUCCGAAUUUCUGUUGAGAUUGGCCUUGAUUUCGCGAGCUUUGUACAAAACCUGCAACGUGUGACCAUAGAGUCUAAUAGAGUUAAGAUUAUCUGUGGUAGUCUAGCGCGGCAGUCUCAACAUGGUUUGGUACACAUGCUAGUAAAAACAUUAUCCAGAGCCAAUGGGUCUACGAAACUGCAUAUCUGUGGUCACCAAGCAUCUAAAAGACAAGGAGUAUAUUAACACAAUGUUUUGCGAAACUAAAAUUACUAACAUUUACACAUUUUUGACGUUACGUAGACCUUACGUGUCUCUGGUCCUCCGUAUGUGUAACGCUAAGUAAUACUCUAGCCCUCGUCUGUUAUGGAGCCGGCACCUUUGAGUCAUAGACUAAAUUGUUUUUUGUUUAUUUCUAAAUGUUUAGUAUAUAAAUAGGUCUGUCGUUCGCCGUUCCAUAGCAGAUUCAUCGUUUUACCUGAAUGUGAAUAUUGAUGUGUGGCACAAAUUUUCGUUUCACCUUACCGCGUAGGGAGCCAGCGAAACUGUUCUUAUUUUUAUUUAAUCGCGUAACGUCUUCAUUUCGUAGUUUAGUUCUCGUUUUCGUGUUACUUAUUUUCGGCCAUUCAUAAAUGUCAUAAUACUAGAUGUGUAUGGAUUCGAGUAAUAUAUGCGUAUACAGCCGUUUGCACAUAUUUCUCUGUAAACCCCGUUGUUUUGUGUUUUCUUCGAUAUUGUUUAGGGGAUGAUUUGAACGAACUGAAUCAUUUCUUAUACCAAUAUCUAGUAACAAUAACUGUUUCAAAUUGUUUUCAUUCGAAAGCCUAAAAUCUUUUAAAUAUGAAUAUAAUGUGUUUAAAUAAAAUUAUCUAUGGAAACAUAAUAAAACUAGCUUUUUGUAUAUAAUUUCUGUAUUUCAACUACAUAGUCAUUGUCCAAAAUAUUAAAGUCAUUUUAGGUGUUAUCUUAUGGGAUUUGGAUUUAGGGUAAUAGUGUUUGGGUUAUCUUCAACGGAGCUGUACUUCAGUUUCUAUCGUGUUAUGAAAUAAAAUUGUAGAUUUAAUUUUUGCUUUUAAAUUUUUCUUUUUUUUAUGCGUCACUAGAAUGUUUUUUUCCUUUUUAUUUGAUAACUUUGGAUUGCUUUGCGACUGCUUCGUACUUAGAAAAUUACUAAUAAAAUGUAUUUGGUUACUCUUGAUGUUCAGGUAUUCACCAUGACCGUACAAAAUGUGAACUGUCAAAAAAUUUAGAACGAGAGCCGAUGUUAAUAUAUCAUUAUAAUAAAACUGUUACCAAAUUAAAAAAAAAAAAAUAGCGGUCUUUUUAUGACAAAGAGUUUAUUUCUUUUCCUCUUGUAAAUAAAAGAGAUAAUCGAGAAAAUACUUUUGUACCUGUUCGAGAGGUUCAUUAGAGUGUAACUAAAUAGUUUUUACGGAACAAAUUUAUAUGGGGCGGUGUCUACCGAAGCUUAGAUGCUGUACUAUCACGCUAAAGUAAGAGUUGUAAGCACUCGCUCACAGGCGACGAGGACUAUAUCCCAACUUCUGAAGACAUCCGCUGCUGUAUGAGAACAAUGUUCUUGCGACGAGAUUGUCUUUUCGCUUGCUACGAAAUAUAUUUCUUAAGGAGUGAUUCUGAUCGCCUGUAAGGAGUACUAUAUCAAAUGUCUAGUUGAAAAACUUCAUUAUACUUGGUCAUUCAAACCAAAUUAGACCUUAAGUCCUUUGGACACGAUACUAAGACAUGACGCAUACUGAUGGCAUAACUGACGUUCGAUCCAUUUUGGUUUGACGGGCUAUAAUAGUUACUUAGUAAGAUAGCGCGUAACAGCAAGCAUCUUGUGUCCUAGUGUAUUAACUACAAGAUAAUUAUUGGUGGUAGCAAAAAGCUAUGAUCAGUUUUAUUGGCUCAUCAUUUUGUUAAUGUAAUAACUGUUAGGUCCACAGACCUAGAGGGGCUGAGCGACGAAAGUGUUCCCUACUUUAUACAAUUCUAGAUUUGUGUACAUUCAAAUUAGAUCGUUAUAAUUAUACAGCAGUAAGUAUAAAUUCAAAUAUCCAACAUAGUCCCUAUUUAUUCAAAGGGGGUACUUGCGUCUCAUAGCCGCUUUAUAAUGUGGUAGGUAAUAGCCAAGGUCUAUGAGAUCAGGAAUAAAAUUUUUGCUUCCAUCAAAAAUAUACUUGUUUUAACUUACCUGUCCCGAUCCAAUGUUCUUAGGAAAUAUAUUUAUUUUAAUUUUUUAUUUACAUUUUCUCUUUCGAAAAGGGUGGUAAACCGAGAAUAACUUAGUGCUAUUUAGAGUAACGUAACUUUUGUUUUUUUUUUUUUCUUGUGAAUAAGGCCAAAUAUUGGUUGCAUCGGAAUUAAUGUUAUGUCCACGAUAACCAGGAUUCCGUACCUUAAUGUAAAAAAAUCUAUAUUUUUCACCCAAAAACUAGAUGCAUCUGUAAAUACGGCAAAGUACAAUUAUAGUCUUGUCUUGAGAAAGUUAUUUCGGUUACUAAUGUACCAGAGUAAUAUUCUAUUCUUUUUUUAGGUACGGAACCCUACACAUGAACGAAGUUCAUGUUUGAUAUUUUUUAUUUUAAUUAUAAUUUGGCUAUCUGUCGAAAGUCUUACGGAUUGUCUCGUUAGAACCUAGUAGACGCUUGAUCAAUAAUAAAAUAUGUACCUACAUUUACAA